GCAGCUCCUCCGACUACCCGCACCCCCGCAACCCUACUUGGUCGCAAGUCGCAAGUCGCUUUCACUCCAGAAGCCGUUGCCCUCGCCCUCCCUCCCCUUGAACUCUCCUUGCCUUGGUUGUUCUCUGCCUCACUGCUCUUCUUGCUUCUUGCCGCCUACACACGAGUGCACGUGCGCUCGCUCCAGGCUCGCCGGGGUACCUUGAACGAAACACUGGACUCGUGAGGCUCAUUCUCUCUGGGAAACAUUUGGUUCUUAUCUGGUUGUUUCCUCUCUUCUCCUUCUAUCGUCAAAACCGGCCAAAUUGAAGGGGAAUCCCAAGUUGUCUGUGUACGGCCACGCGAAUUGUGAUGACUCAAGAUUAUACCUUCCUGGAAGAGUCGCGACAAAAUACUGAUUAUGCGUCAUAUUCCUCCGUCGCCAACUUCAACGAGAACAUCAUGACUCGCCAAUUCUCGAAUCUGAGCGUUUGUGAAGAAAAUUGCUGUGAAGACUGGAAAGUUAAGAUGCUUUUGCGGGUCAUGAUUGAUGCUAAGGGAAAUGAGCAUCAUGUGUCGUGGCUUGAUAUCCGUCGGAAGGGGCUCUUCUUCAUAGAAACAGAAGAUUGCAAGAAAUUUACUUCAGUCUUAGCAUGAGAUGUGUUCAUAUUGAAUUCUGUAGCAUAUUGUUUAGUUGUCUUAUUACCAUACACCACUUCGCGGCAAGCAAUCCUAAAGCAAACACAUUGAAGACCUUCAAUGUGUGUUUUAUGCCCAAUAAAUUCCAAUUUUCC